GCCAACAGCAGAGCGGGCCGAGCGCCUGAGCCGGGCUGGGCAGCGGCGGAGCGCGGAGAGCACGGCGGGGUCUCCGCCGGGAGCCAUGGGGCAGGACUUGCCGUGGCUCAACCACUCCGGCGGCCCGCGAGCGGCGGGCAACGUCUGCACGGCGGACGGGCAGCGCGGCGGGCCCUUCGCCGCCGCCACCGCCGCGCUGCUGGCGGCGCUCAUGGGGCUGCUGGUGCUGGCCACGGUGUUGGGCAACGCCCUGGUCAUUCUGGCGUUCGUGGUGGACCGGAGCCUCCGCACGCAGGGCAACUUCUUCUUCCUCAACCUGGCCAUCGCCGACCUCCUGGUGGGCGGCUUCUGCAUCCCUCUCUACAUCCCCUACGUGCUGACGGGCAAGUGGAGACUCGGCAGGGGCUUGUGUAAGCUGUGGCUGGUCGUAGACUACCUCGUGUGCACCGCCUCCGUCUUCAACAUCGUCCUUAUCAGCUUCGACAGGUUCAUCUCCGUCACCAGAGCGGUCAGUUACAGGGCUCAGAAAGGCAUGACCAGAAAUGCAGUAUUGAAGAUGAUCACUGUAUGGAUUGCUGCGUUUCUUGUCUAUGGUCCAGCCAUUCUCAGCUGGGAGCACAUUACCCAAAAGAGCAUCCUCCCUGAAGGAGAAUGUCAUGCAGAAUUCUUCUACAACUGGUAUUUCCUAAUGAUUGCCUCUACUGUUGAAUUCUUUACACCUUUCAUCACUGUUAUAUACUUCAACUUAAGUAUUUACCUCAACAUCAGAAAACGCACAUCCCUCAGAAACGAAAACCUAUCACCUGGUGAAGAGGACUGUGAAAUGAGUUUCCAGGGGGAAAAAAGGGAACACACUAUAUUUUUUGUAAAACCUGCUAACAGACACAAAUGUGAGAAGAAAGCAAGUAGUCUUUCUCCCCUAAAAAAGGCUUCAAGGCUCAGCCUACACAAGCUUGAGAAUCAGUCAUUAAAUUUGAAUGUCAAUCAAGACCUUCCACCACUUCAGGUGGAAGUCAAGACCAAGCCUCAUAGGAACGGCUUCUACAAAACAACAGAAAACAUAUACAACACCACCAGGAGAGUGGACAUUGGUAAUACUAUGGCAAAUAGAUUUAGACUUUCCCAGGAUAAAAGAGUAGCAAAGUCUUUAGCAAUUAUUGUCUGUGUGUUUGGUUUGUGUUGGGCUCCAUAUACGCUUUUGAUGAUCAUCAGAGCAGCUUGCCAUGGGCACUGUGUGCAGUAUUCACUCUAUGAGACUUCAUUUUGGCUCCUGUGGGUGAAUUCAGCCAUUAACCCUGUUCUAUACCCACUGUGUCAUAUGAGCUUUAGGAGAGCCUUUGUAAAACUCCUGUGUCCAGGAAAAGCCAAAAUUCAUCCUCAUAUUUUUAUGUAAAAAAAGUGUGAAGGCUGACAAUUAAUACAUCUUGCUUUCAGUGGGAGCAUAAACUGGCUAAUAUUUACCUGAAAGUAUUAAGUGCAAUGUGCACUGGGUAGUUUAUGGAAUACUGCUAAGUAGGUAAAAGUGUAGAUAUUUAUGAAUGUAUAGAAAUACAGUCAUCCACGUAGCUGGAGAAAUCACAGCAAUGAAAAGAAAGAUGAUUUCUCAAAGCUCUUUGGAAAAUUACACCAACAGCGUAUUUUCUGGUAAGGGUGCACUAACAUUAAAGUGCUGAAAAGGGAAUACAACAUUCAUGGCCAAUAAUUAGAGUUCAGGCUCUCUCACUUAUAGUAACUGUAAAUAUUGCUGGUAAGGAAUUUCAUAAAGUGUUAACAUUGGGCCUGUUAUAUUUUACCCCCAAACCCACUCUAAGAUGCCAAGGGUCUCAGCUGUUAAUAUGCUUUUUCCCCCCACUUAGUGGCAAGCCAGACAAGAUAAUGAUCAAGGCAAAAAACUAAAUAUUGGUGUCCAGGAAAAGCAUGGGACAAGAGGCACCAGAACAGUCAGGUUACCAGAUAAGCUGAGCAAUUGUAGCAGGUAAGGGAGCACUGAUUUGAGUGGAAAAUAUGAUUGAGAAAUAAGAGCGUAGAGUUUUUAGUAGAACUAAGCUCAGGAACAAGAAUAUAAAAGGGUUUGGAGUUUUGUGAUAGGAUAUAAGAGAACUGAGAGUUUAUACACUGGAAGAGUUUCACCGUGAGUUUACUCCCUGAGCUAUGACUUCCUGCCCCCUGCCAGGAUCCUGCAUGGGCAGGAAUCUACUCAAGUCGAACCUCUACUCCUUACAGGACUGACAGGUAUUACUCUUCUAUCUUUUGCUGUAAGUACAGAGUAAGCAUAAUUAGUCUAUGAGAUGUAUGACAGACAGAUCUUGCUAUAGACAGAGAUUUAGGUAAACUUCCCUUGGAGUCAUUUUAAAAACAUUUCCAAUUAGACUUUUACUAGUCCUGGCUAAUUCUGAAAGGAAAAAAAAAAAUAUUGUUUUCCCCUACACCACCCAAUGGAUCUAUCCAUCCAUCAAGUCAUCAGUGGUAAAAAAAAAAAAAAAAAAAAGUAUUACUUGAAGUGUUUAGACAUUUUCCAAGUCAUGCAUCAUGAAUAGGAUGACUCUUUAAAAAAGUCUUAAAAUUUACAGCCUUGCUAUUGACCAUGAGUAUGCAAAAACAAGAACGUAAACAACUACAUACUGUUUCUGCUAUUCUGCCUCUGCCACAAGAGAAGAUCACACAGCUAGAUCCUGAGUUUUGACUAGAUUUGUCCCAGGAGAGGUAUCAAUUUGAACAUCACUAGUGAUACAAGUUUGUUUCCACCAUCACAGGUAUUUUCUACGUAGCUUAACAGACACUUUCCUUUGCUGACAAGUGAUAGCUAUUGAACAGCCAUAGUUGUCCAUUGCCACAGCCAAAAUGCAUGCUAGUACAGUUGAUCUUAAAGUUUACAGACAUUGUUUUGAAAUUAUUUACUUUGUAACAUUUCAAUAAAUGUAAUUAAGAACUGUG